AUGCCGUCAAUCAACUUGUCUCGCGAGCAGGUCCUAGAAGACUUGAGAGGUCAAACGAUACACAUCCCCAAUCUUCUCCCCAUUUUCGCUGACUGGAGAGGGGCUUCGACAGUACACGUCAGCACUUUCGUUGACGAGUUGAGAGUAAUAGUCACAGAAAGACUUAGAAGGCUCUAUACCAAUGGCAAACAACUGAAAACGCUUGAGAGUGCAGACUUUGCGUUAUUCACUGCAUUAUGGUGGCCAGAUGCUCCACUAAAUAGAUUGCGGACGCUCGCUUUCCUUAUAAUCUGGCUUUUCACGUGGGACGACGAGAUUGAUACGCCGACAGGUUUCUGCAGCGAUGACUUUGGAGCAGCACAGAGAUAUCGCGAGAAGACUCUGGAGUUCGUAGCGGCAACGUUAGGCCUCUCAGCAAGCAAGAUUACUCCCGCGCCACGCAAUGCAAUCAUUCAGAGUUUCGAUGUGGUAGGAGAUGCACUCCGAACGUCGUACUCCUUGGACCAGCGUCGACGCUUCUAUCGAGAAAUUUUCCGGUUCAUGAUUGCCUCAGAGGACGAGCAGAGACUGAGACUGGACGGGACUGUACCGACUUUGGAGCAAUAUUGGCAGUUCCGUUUAGGCACGAGCGCUGUCUAUAUCGGAGUCGCAGUAGGAGAAUUUUCUCUGCCAAUUCAGCUGCCCCAAUAUAUUCUGGAAAAUCAUCACAUGCAGGGUAUCUGGGACGAGACGAACGUGAUUAUAUCGAUUAUCAAUGAUCUACUUUCGCUUCGAAAAGAGAUCAAACAAGGAUGCAUUGAUAGCAUCGUGCCAUUGACGUUUGCUAGGUGUGGAGACCUGCAGAUAGCGGUGUCGAAAUCAGUUGCAGCCUUGCGCAUGUCCAAGGAUCGUUUUGACUUGGCAGCACAAUCCUUGGUAAUGGCUACGGCCAAGGAGGACGUGCGUGGAGUACGUGACUUUAUCGAUGUCUGUAAGAGCAACUCGAUAGGAAACCUAGUCUGGAGGUCAGUCUCACUGCUAUCACCACAUUCUAAUUCUUCUAGAGCUAUCAAGUCAACUUCGGUAUUCGAGAACAAAGACUGA